GAGACUGAUGCCAGAGAGAUAGGGAAGAAUGAGGGAAUGGGACAGAAUGAGAGGAGGAGACAGAGAGAGAGAGUCAGAGGGAAUGCAUGAAGCUGGAACUCAAUUUCACUCAGACACGCACAGAUGUACACCCAUUUCACACACAGCACACACAGACACACACACACACACGCAUGCAUGCGUACAUGCACACAUGCGCACACACACACACACAGUCGGAUAUCUGUGGUGGCUCAGUGAAAGGAUCUCAGGAUUUCUCUAUUCUCAGCAGGCUGUCUCUCCUUCCUUCUGAUUCCUGAGAUGAUCCCCCUCCUCCCUCACCAGGGAUUCCCAAAAGCAGCCCAGAGGCCCAGGAGAACGGGGAACAUGGGAGACACAGCGUGAAGGGGCACCCCUGUGUUAAUGAGGCCAGCAUGUGCGGUCACAGCUGGGUGCUGCUGCUGGGCCUGUGGCAGGUGCAGUUCAGCUCCUGUCUGGCCACGCCCCCGACCGGAGGCCAGCCGGCACGGACCCCGCCCUGGGCACGGCCCGCCGCAGAGCCCAGCGUCCUACGCCGGUCCUCGGACGCCAGUGACCUCUGGCCCUUCUGGGUUUCCGUAGACGUCCCCUCAGAGCCCGAAGGGUCCUCUCCGCUCUCACUUCCUGUCAGUUUGACCUCUGACCUGCAAGGUCUGCCCCACGCAGGAAACACACAGAGCCUGAGGCCAGCCAUCCCACCCUUUUUAACAGACUCCACCUCCAAAAGCACAGCUCUACUACCUAAGCCGGGUACAAGACUCUCCCUGGGCAAAGAAUCCACCUCCAUAAGCGGAGACACUGCCCCCUGGCUGUGGGAUACAGAACUACCAACAGAUUCGACCAGUGAUUUUGCAGAUUUAAGCCCAGCCCAGGGGCAGGUUCCUCACCUCAUGCCCCAGCCUACUCACAGCCUCAAAGGGGAGGGCACUGUUUCCCAGACACCAAUGGGGCUUACGCCAGAAUUAGCGCCAUCUGCCGCCACACCAAACAGAAGCACACCUCCUACAGGGACCCCGGAGAGGAAGGUACCUGCCCUUCCUCUUCCUCCCGAGUCUGCAGCACCAGAUCCACAGGCGGGGGGGCAGGGGCCCGUCGCAGGCCCGGCUGGAGGGAGACCCACGAGGAAGGGUGCGCGGACGCGAAAGCGGAUGCCCCAAACCGGGGGCGGCUCUACGGAGGACGGGGAAGCGAAGGCGACCGCGCCCGAUGACGGAGGGGCCCCGGAGGGGGAGGAACAAAAACCGACCCAAACGCUGACGGCUGCUGCCGAAUCGCCAGGAUAUGUUGCCCCGGGCGGGGACUGGCCAUCAGAACCGGGAGACCCUGAUUCUGCUCAUGUCCCUCACUGUAAUGGCGACAGUGGCGCCUGCAAACCCAACAGCACCUGGAGCCCCGCCCUCUCUGAAGACAUCGCCUACAACCAAUCACACGGCCCCUCCCCACCCCCAGCUCCGCCCCCAGCCCCACCUCUGCUGCUGGUGCCACUGCACGCAGACUGGAACAACGCCAUGGCAACCUGGGGCGUGGCCUGGGAGGUGCACGUGUUCGGGGUGGGUUCGCUGUUCGUCGUGGCGGCCCUGCUCUCCGCCCUCGACCUGCUGCUCCUCCCCUUGCUCCGCCCCCCAGGAGGCAGCUACCUGGCACUGGCUCAUCUGUUCCUGCUGGCCGCCAGUUCCAGCCGCGCCUUCUCGUUGUUCUAUGAUGCGUACGCCCACCUGGACAAGCUGCCGGCAGCAAACUUCCUGUUGCUCCACCAGGUGCCCUUCCCUUGCCUGACAGGGGCCUUCGCCGCGGCCUUCCUCUUCCUGUCCCUGCGUUCCCGCGUGAGACUCCCCGGAUCCCCCUGCCAUCGGCCCUGCUCCCUGGCAGUUCUGCUGCUGUUGCACUUUGGCGCCACCUUCAGCUCCCUGCUGGUACUGCAGGCAUUCCCCCAGUGGCCCUGGCUCCUGCUCAUAUCCCAAGGAGUGUUUGUGGUGCUGAUCGCCUUCCUGUCCGUGACGUACCUCAUCUUCUGCUGCUACACGCGGGCCGACGCCAAGCACGUUUACCACCUGAGCAAUACCUUGCCCAUCCGCAGGGGGUGGGAUCGAGCGGCGGUAAUGGCGGGAUUCUCCGCGCUCUUCAUGCUGGCGUGCGCCGGGCUGCAGCUCUACGCCAUGCUCCAUGCGCUGGCCCUGGCCCCGCCCACCGCCCCGCCCCACGCCCUGGAACCCUGGCCCUGGUGGGCAUUCCAACUGAGCUGCCGUCUGUGCGAGGUGGGCGUGUGCAUCACCCUCGCCUCGGCCGCCACACCCCCUCUCCGCCGAUCACUCCGCCCCUGCCGCUGCUGGGCCACGAACUUCUGCUGCCGGGGUUGCUGCGGCAACGCGUCCACCAAACAGGCAGUCCCGCCCAUGGCGAGCGAAUGGGAGCUGCGCCAGCAAGAGAAGCUGGCGAUCUGUGAGGGGGUGGGGUCCGAGCUCCUGCCCCUCUACGCCCUGGUGGACCCCAACCUCAGCAGCCUGGAGGGGCUGGACCUGCUGUACCACGGAGGCGGGGUUCUGUCCCGCUCCGUUUCGAACACGGACACGCCCCUCAAGGUGAUAGGCGGGUCCAGAGGCUCCUCCUACGCCAGCCUGCAGCUGGACAGCGACUCCACGGGCGACCUGCGACCGCCCUCCCCCAUCAACCUGCGCCGCAGCAUCGACGAGGCCCUGUUCAGCCCCGCCCUGUUUCCUCACAGCCUCUUUAGCCCCGCCCCCCGUCACGCCCCCCGCCGCGGCUCCGCUAGCCUGACCCCACCCGCCGCCGAGAGCUCAGGUGACCAGGCCCUGUACCGCACCGCCUCCUGCCUAGCGAUAGAGGCUGGGCCUCCCCUGAUUGGCUCUUCCCUGUCAGGCCCCACCCCUGUGGAAGCGGGCCUCAUCCAGUGGGCGGAGCACAGGAGGGGCAGCAGCAGCUCCAGCUCUCUGGGUAGGCAUUCCCUGGACGGCUCCUCCGUGGUCCUUUGUCCCAGCCGUGAGGCGUGUGGUCACUGCCAAGACAUCCAAAGCAGCUCAGACCAGGGGACGCAGUUCCACAGAUGCUACUUGGGCCUAGCCUCCGCCUCUCAGGAAAAUUUGGACCAGCGAGCCGAGACGGACCUGGCCGUCCAGGAGGAGUUCAUCAGGGUGUGUCGACAGAUCGACGCUCUGAGCAUUAGCAGUGACACCAUUGACCUGUAGGCACUGUGACCCCAUUCAGAAAGAUCAACCAAGAUAUGACCUCAUCCAGGAAGGUCAAGCAGGAUGUGACCCCACCCAGUCAUGCAGACCAGGAACAGCACAGAAACCUUGCAGGAGAGUGGGAGGUAGAUACAGUAUGCUAAGGUGCUGGGUUUUUUUUCCUCAUAGCAUGUCCACCUGCAGUUUCAUGAGCAGUGACAUGAUGUGAAAGUUUUUUCAAAUUGGAUGUCACCAAAGCUCCCAAAAUCCAAAAAGUGAGGAUGUACAGAAUGGCCACUGAGGGCGUGGUUCGAGUGCUGGGUUCCCUUGGUGACCAAUUUGGAAAAUAAAAGUGCUACAGACUCUUAGAUGCCCACUACGAUUGUCAUGGGAUGCUGCGAUUAGUUUUAGAAAUUAGACCAUAUUUCUGGCUUUCCCUAAUCUCUCAGUAAGAAAACUUGCACAGUUCACUCAUCUAGGGAAAUUCUAAACAAGCACUUAUUAACAAGAGGCUGCUAUUUAUUGAUGUAUAACCAACUGAUGCUGCUUUAUUUAUGGAAGAUAAAAUCAAAUCAUAUUUCUCAUCCUCUCCUCACAUCAAAUUGCUUUUGUUGUUUUUUAACUUUUAACUUUUAUUAAAAUAUUAUACUUGCUCAAACAUUCUCAAAGGAAAUCUCAAGCCCAGAAAUAUUUCUGUAUAAAUUAUUAAGAUGUAUUAAUUUAUGUUAGGGAAGUUGAAUUUACAGAACAGCAGCACCAUCUACUGGUAAACAUGGCUACAGGCUAAAAUGUUGUGCCUUGUGCUCACUUUCAGAAAUAUUGCUUUGUAAAUCAUGAUUUAGAUUCACAUAAACAGUGUAACCCUGUUAUUUUUUCCAGGAUUAUGAUCACAGGAUCAUAUUUUUAUUGACAAGGGAUAUUUUCUACAUCAUUGAGUAUACACAGAGAUUUAAAAAGUGCAUGUUUCAAAGAGAUGCUUACAGAAAGAUAAUAGGCUAUAGCACAAGAAUUAUAUAGAAAAUGGUCGAAAUGAUUCAACAGGAUAAGUGUUUUGUGUUAUAAUAAAAUAUUAUAUAUCAUAUUGAAUAGUCUUGGAUUUGAUAUAUAUUUUUAAUAUAAACACCAAUGUGUGCUAGCAGCCAUACCACUAUGUGCCCUGCUACAGCUGAAUGGCUGAAGCUAAGCAGGUGUGGGCUUGGUUAGUACUUUUGUGGGAGGGCCUCAGGGGAAAAUUUACUGCUGGAAGUGCCGUUGGUGGGUCAAUUGAGGGUGAUCUUGACUCUAGUCAAAUGCAGUAAACCUGGAGCCCCAGUGCAGUGAUGGGGACGCUAUGCUGUAGGAGAUGUAUUUUGGAUGAAAUGCUAAACUGAGGUACUGACUGACUGUGGUCCAUGAAGCCCCCACAACACUAAUCACAAAGACUGUCCUGGCUAAAUUCCCAAUUCCCACCUAAUCAUUCCCCAGUUUAAUUGGCUAAAAAUCAUUCUCUCCCUCCCUCCUCAGCUCAUGUGUGGUGAGUGUUCUAGCACAAAAUGGCUGCCAUGCAAUGCCUACACAUUGGUGUUGGCUGAAGAGAGAUUCCCCUCAUCAUUGUAAAGCACUUUAAGUGUGAGAAAAGCGCCAUAUAAAUGCAAGCUACUGUAUGAUGUGCUCCAUUUUAAUAAAAUGUGUUUAGAAUAUG